ACCUCUUGCCGCCAUUUUGAAAAAAGUAAACCAGUCCAUAUUUUGUUAGCGAAGAUUUCAUAGUCGUUUAUCGAAUGAAACGUUGAAGUUGGUCAGUUCUAGUUAUAAAACACCAGUCAUGAGUGACAUGGAACGUCUGAACAAGAUGAAAGUAACAGAGUUGCGCGAUGAACUAAAGAAAAAAGGUCUCGAAACAAAAGGCAACAAGUCUGUGUUGGUGAAGCGGCUGCAUGACGCCAUUGCAGGCGAUUCGGGUGUUGAACCAUCAACAGAUGCUCCAGCUGUUGGCGCGGAUGAGAGUUAUGGAGAAGACUCGCAAGAUGACAGUCAGAUAGAUCAAGACUUGUCACAAUCGGAACCUAUGCAGGAAGAGCCUGAGGUCAAGGAGGAAAGUGAGCCCGCCACAAAUAGCAUGCCAACAGAAGCAAAACCUGCUGUGAAAACAGAAGAGAAAGCAUUGAAAAUGGAACAGGAAGAAUUGAAAAUCGAAGAGGAAUUACUGAAAACUGAAGAGGAGUUAUUGAAAACUGAAGAAGAGUUAUUAAAACCCGAUGAACCAGUAGUGAAAAAGGAAGAACAAAUGGUGGUUCAGGAAGGCCAUCAGGAAAAUGGGGAUGAGGCACCUGCAGCUGAUGAUGUGGGUGAGGAGUAUCAAACGAUAGACGAAACUGGAGAUACAGAGGAAAAAGAUGAUGACAAAAAACACAGUCAGAAGAGAAAGCGAUCUCGAUCCCGAUCACGUGAAAGGAGGCGAUCGCGUGACCGGGAAAGGCAUCGAUCGCGUUCCAGAUCUCGGGAACGAAACAGGCGUCCACCACCAGAGAUGGAUGAUGAGAGCUGGGAAUCGGAUACUGCUUUCAAAUUCGACAGAUAUAACUGUGAUUUGACGAUAAGAAUAGAUGAAAAUGGUGUCAAGGCCCACCCUUUAACGGUUGAAGGCUUUGCUUUCAUGUGGGCUGGUGCUCGUACAAUGUUUGGAGUGAACAGUGGAAAGGUUGCUUAUGAAGUCAAACUGUUGGAAAAUUUGAAUGUUGAUCACCUUCCAGCAGAGGAAUCAAAUCCACAUGUUCUUAGAGUUGGAUGGUCGACCGAUUCAACAUCUUUGCAGCUUGGUGAAGAACCAUUGUCGUAUGGCUACGGUGGUACUGGAAAAGCAUCAACAGAGUGUAAAUUUAAGGACUACGGUCAAGCAUUUACAGAAGGAGAUGUCAUCACAGCAUAUUUGGACAUGGAAAGCGACCCCAUAAUUAUGUCAUACUCAAAGAAUGGUGAAGAUCUUGGAACGUGCUUUGAAGUGGACAAAUCCAGCAUAGGAGAUGCUGCUCUUUUCCCACAUAUACUGACAAAGAAUACAGAAUUUGAGUGCAAUUUUGGACAAAAUGAGGAACCAUGGUUUCCACUCACAGAAGGCUUUUCGUUCAUCACAUCAGUAGAAGAAGAUAAACGUGUGCGAGGAUCAACGCCCCCAGCCAAGAAAGAAGACUGUGAGAUCCUCAUGAUGGUAGGCCUUCCUGGUGCAGGAAAGACGCACUGGGCUGAAAAACACACAGCAGCAAAUCCAGACAACAAAUAUUUUGUUCUUGGCACAAACAACAUAAUAGAUAAAAUGAAAGUUAUGGGCUUGCCACGGAAAAAGAACUAUGCUGGACGAUGGGAUGUGUUGAUUGACAAGUCAACAAAGUGUCUGAACAGAAUGAUUGAGAUAGCUGCCCGAAAAAAGCACAACUAUAUCUUAGAUCAGACAAAUGUGUAUGCAUCAGCCCGGAGACGUAAAAUGCAGCCUUUUGAAGGUUUUCAACGCAAAGCAGUUGUCGUAGUCCCCACUGAGGAGGAUUUCAAAACCCGCACAGAACUUAGAGAGAAGGAAGAAGGAAAAGAGGUUCCGGAAAAAGCCGUGCUUGAAAUGAAAGCUAAUUUCACUCUGCCAGAGACAGGUGGACUAUUCGAUGAAAUAAUAUACACUGACCUGGACGGUGACGAAUGCAAAGAACUUGUGGAGAAGUAUCGCAAGGAGGCACAGAAACUGCUUCCUCCACCAGAAAAACGAUGGCGUGGGGGUGAUCGCUUUUCAGCAGGUGGCAGAGGUGGCUACAGUUACGACCGACGAGGUGGUGGGUAUCACAGUGGGGGAGACCGUGACCGGUACGGCAGCCGAGGCGGAUACCGGGACCGAGGACAUAGAGGAGGGGGAUCGAGCUACCGAGGUGGCGACGGUGGUUACCGAAGCUAUGGUGGCGGCAGCGGUGGUGGUGGUCGGUACAAUGACCGAUACCAGGACAACAGGCGUUCAUCGUACGGUUCUUCAGAUAGGUCAUAUGACCGUAACCAGUCGAGAAAUCGCAGUGGCGGAGGCGGCUAUGGUCAGAGUUCCUCAUGGAACAGUAAAGGUGCUUGGGGCAGUGGCAACCAGGGCAGUUCGUGGGGUGGUAACCAAAACCAGUGGAGUGGCCAGGGAUCGUGGGGCCACCAAGGCCAGUCUGGUUAUGGACAAAAUUGGAAUGCAUAUAACCAGAAUCCUCAGAGUAGCCAAGGCUAUGGGCAGAAUUGGAACCAGCCACAAAACUGGGGACAAGGUUAUGGCAGCGGCAGCAGCGGUAGUAGUGGCUGGGGAAAUCAGGGAUCGUAUGGCAGUGGACAGUACAAUCAGUACUACGGCAGCUACCAGAAGUAAACACAGAAUGGACUAUACCUAGGUGCAGGUUUCUGUGUUAUGUUGACUUGCAGCAUUUGUGAAAUGUUUUGUCAUCGUGUUUCAUCUGUAGAGUAAUCGGUGUCAUUUUUAUCAGGUUUAUAAUCAUGUUUUUGUGUGUUUUAAUAACCAACAUUGUAAAUGGGAUGUGAAAUGCUAAUAACUGCUGGAUUCCUAGAUGUAGCAUCUCCCAGCAGAGACAUUUGUAUAAAUAUUUUGAAUUAUUUAGAUCUCUUUUUAUUACUGCCUUUUUGUGGAAAAUUAGUCUACAGAAGUAGAAGAAAAAAGACAUUGGACUAUUCUUGAAUAUAUGUACUUGUAGCCUAUAUUUGUAUUGUACAGACUGCAUAUUGUUGGUGUUUCAAGCACAGUACUAAUGCCAUGUUUGUACAAAAAAAAAUUCAUUAAGGUAAUACAAUUAACAAUUGUUUCAAGAAAAUAAGUUGACGAUGUAUGAAAUCUUUGUUGGACUGACCAAAAUAGAUUAAUUUACACCUUCAAUAUUUUAUGAUAUAAAAAUGCUGCAAGGUUGUAGAUAGUUUAAUAUUGACAUUGCUUUAUAAGCAGUUAAAAUUUGCUGUAUAUUAACAAAAGUAGCACCAAGAUAAAACCAGAAGCAAAUAAUUUAAAUGUUAAAUAAGGAAAAGCACAUUUCCAGUAUUUGUAUCGUUUGAUGUCUGUAUAAGACACUGCACUUGAUUUAGUAUGUGUUCUCUCUUGUGUUAUAUUGCUAGGCAUUGAAUUGUCUUAAGAGCACUAACAGAAAAGACUUGCACAGAUUUGCACAAUUGUCUGGUGUAUGUCCUGUACAGACAAGUCAAAUCUCAUUUUGGUGGCAAUUAUUCAACUUUUGUUUGUUUUUGUGCUGUAAUUCUUGGCACAAAUAAACAUUACUGAUGUGUAUUUGAUAGAAUAUUUCAUGUUAGAAGAUAAUACAACUGGUAUAUGCUCUGUAUAUGUGACAUAUCUCAUACUGUUCAGUGUUGAAUGUUUUUUCAUUAGUAAGUUUAGCCUUUAGCUAAUAAAACAUGAAGCUAAAUCUGGAAUGUAAUUUUUUUGUAGGAGAUUUUGAGUGCACAGUAAUUAUGUGCUUCAUUUGUUAAACUAUUUUCAUUGCAACAUAUGUACAUUUCCAUUUUUCACAGUAAAUGUAAAAUUGUUCUUCAAAAAUACAUCUUGCCUGUUGUUGGGAACUUGAUGAAAAAAAUGAAGAAAUUGGCUUUCAUGAUAAAUAUUUUAAAACUGAAUAUGAAACAAUUUUUGGAUUAUGAUUUUGUAUUAUAAAAAAACAUUUAAAAACCUUUUUGUCACAUCUUUACAGCAUCAACUGUUUACCUCAACAUUUUGUGUUUAGCUUCAUUUCUAACAAACUAUAAACCCUAGAUCAGUGAAAUUUGGUUUAUAGUUGCACCUAUGGAUGUUGUCACAGUAAGUAAAAAAAACCCCAAAAAGUAAAAUUUUAAAAUUAAAAAAACCCUUUGCAUUUAGCUCCAUUUCUCACAAACUGAAUCAUGGUUGUAGUUGGAUAUUCAUGACAAUGCAUGUAAAAAAAUAAAUUUUUAAAUAAUUAAAUUUUAAUUGAAUUUUUAUUUUUUAAAGUUGAAUUUUUUUUGGUGACUACAUUAAGAUGAACAUCUAUUUGUGCAGCUAUCGGUGACAUCAAAUAGGUUUUUUCUAGGGAAGAGAGUUAAUUCUGCAGAAUUAUUUUUUCAUAAAUAUUUUAUCUUAUGCAGUCGGCUUAACAACAGGCAAGACCAUGUUUAUUUUUAGAACAUGUCAUCACCAUUUUGUUCUCUUUGAAAAAUAUUAAAUAAAUAUUUACGGUAA